GCGGGGCAAACUCUUGCAUUGUUGUGUGAGGCUCCCGAGCAAAUGCCGUUUCUGAAAAGGGGCUGGGGGGAGAAAGGAGGAGACUUGCGCGUUUAGGGUAUUAUGAUUUGAUUGUGAAUGUGAUUUUUGAGGACUUCUUGGAGUUUUCUGCUGAGAAAUGGGAUUGGGGUGCCUCGACCUGACGUAACCAAUAUCUUCUUCCUCUUGAAGCCCACUUGCCAGCGCUGCCUGCUGCCUAAACUCUGCUCUCUGUUGGGCUUCCUCACAGAAACAGUGUUUGCUUCCAUGAGCUUUUUCUGAUUUUUUUCCUUUCCUUUAUUCCCUCUGUCUCUUUCUUGAUACAAACUUUAACCCACCCUUUCACGUGUAAUUGUUCGUUUCACUUAGAUUUCUCAUUCCAAUCUUCAUAACCUUUUCCGCUUUCGUUUCUUUCUACUCCCCACUUCUUCCUUCUGUCUCUCUCCAAUUAUCCAUUGCCCGUAUUUCUUCCAGCUUUUUGCCCGUCCACUUUGCCUCCCCCGCUUUCAAUUUCACCCGCCCACUUUCUUUUGUUCAUCCAUCACGGCCGAAUCUGGCUUUUCCCUUCUUUUGCUUCUGUGGGCAGGCCCGAUUUAGCCACUUCUUUUCCUCCUGGUGUUCUGAGAUCUCAGUCUUGGAACUCGGGUUUCGCUGCUUUUGAGUUCCUGUCUUCCUGAAGCUCUUUAUUCUACCUCAAUUUUAAGGCAAUGUCGCAAGGCCAUGCAAUUGAGCUUUACUUCGACCCUGCGCUUGAAAACCAGGUCUUGAAGGCCUGGAAUGUACUGGCUCGCCGACAAAUCAGUACCCAACUCAUAGAAAUUGAAUCGCGCCCCCACAUCACUCUUUUCUCAAGCCAAAUCAUUGAUCCUAUAAAGGUUGAAUCCAUCGUUAAAAAUUUCGCAGCCAAGCUUGAAUCUCUGCCUCUAUCUUUCUCUUCCAUUGGGAGCCUGCCGAAUGACAUCAAUGUCCUUUUUCUUGCUCCCACGCCCUCAAUCUCGCUACUUCAGUUCCAGUCGCAGCUGUGUGAUGCAUUGAAGAAAGAAGGCGUCGAGAUAAGCGAAGAAUAUCGCCAGGAUUGUUGGAUUCCUUAUUGUUCGGUUGCGCAAGAAGUGCCAAAAUCUAGGAUGGCCGAGGCAUUCUGUGUCUUGCGAGACUUAAAAUUGCCAGUCACUGGUUAUGCUACGGAUAUCGGACUGGUGGAGUUCUCGCCUGUUCGUGAGCUCUUCUCAUAUGUGCUGGGCAACACAGUAGACACUUAAGUUUGUAGUAUGGUCUAGCAUUUAUUUUUGUUUCCUAGACAUGAGAGAAAUGCUAUUAUUAACGUCUAUUGUAAGCCUCAUUUUUUCUCUCCUAGUUUGAGAUUCUAUCGUCCUUUUGUUUUAAGAAUGUAUUGGAGGGCUUCAUUCUUCAUAAAACUCUGUUGUUAUAACCAAUGCCGGGAUGGCUGAAACUCAUAAAUAAUUUCUUGUGUCAAUUUGGAAUUUACAUUGUACGAUAGUUGGCGAUUAGUUAAUAUGAUCAGCUUCCUU